AUGGCUUUCGACAUGGUUAACAGGAAAGCCCUCCGUCGAAUCCUCAGCCGUUUUAGCAACUCACCAGAAUUCAUCGCCAUAGUAAGGCAACUCCACGAUGGCAUGGACGACAAUUUCCUGCACAAUGCAUAUGUGUUCACCAGUGGCAUAUGUGUUCACCAGUGGCAUAUGUGUUCACCAGUGGCAUAUGUGUUCACCAGUGGCAUAUAUGUUCACCAGUGGAAUAUGUGUGCAACAGUAACUCGUAAGUGUCCACCAGUAACUCGUAAGUGUCCACCAGUAACUCGUAAGUGUCCACCAGUAACUCGUAAGUGUCCACCAGUAACUCGUAAGUGUCCACCAGUAACUCGUAAGUGUCCACCAGUAACUCGUAAGUGUCCACCAGUAACUCCUAAGUGUCCACCAGUAACUCCUAAGUGUCCACCAGUAACACCUAAGUGUCCACCAGUAGCUCCUAAGUGUCCACCAGUAGCUCCUGAGUGUCCACCAGUAGCUCCUGAGUGUCCACCAGUAGCUCCUGAGUGUCAACCAGUAACUCCUAAGUGUCCACCAGUAACUCCUAAGUGUCCACCAGUAGCUCCUGAGUGUCCACCAGUAGCUCCUGAGUGUCCACCAGUAGCUCCUGAGUGUCAACCAGUAACUCCAAAGUGUCCACCAGUAACUCCUAAGUGUCCACCAGUAGCUCCUGAGUGUCCACCAGUAGCUCCUGAGUGUCCACAAAACCCACAGAAUUAUCCAUGUGCCUUAAGUGUCCACCAGUAG